AUGGCCGGAAACAAUUCCGACUCGAGUCUCUACCAGGUUCUGGUGGAAUGGUGCCAGAGAAUGGAGACGAGUCAAGCGAGACUAAGGGAGGAUGUGGAUGACUUAUUGCUCCAGGAGGAGAGACGAAUCGACAAAGAAGCGGCGCCGGAGGCCGAAGCGGAGGCGGCGGAUUCGUGGGAUAGUCCGUCGGAGACCUGGGAGAGAGCGAUUUCUGGAUUCUACUUCGCCGAUAGUGCGUAUCGGACUUUGAUGGAUUCAAUGGGUCACGCGAUUCAUGUCACAUCCGCUGCUUCCGGAGAAAUCACUUUCUGGAGUCGUUCUGCUGAGAAUCUCUACCAUUGGUAUGCAGAGGAAGUUGUUGGCUACAGAACGAUUGAUGUGCUUGUGACUGAAGAAUACCGUAAUUGCCUCACUAGUAUCCGUAAUAGAGUUUGCCGUGGAGAGACCUGGACUGGUCAGUUUCCGUUUCAGAAGAAAACAGGCGAGCUGUUCAUGGCGCUGGUGACUAAGAGCCCUGUGUAUGAAGAUGGCCUGCUCGUUGGUGUUGUCACUGUCUCAAGCGACGCAACGCUUUUCAAUAGGAUGCAUCCGCUAAGCAGUGAGCAUCAUCACCAGCAGCAAGCACAUGGUAAUAGACAUGAAUCGAACUUGAGAAAGCACCAGUGGCACCUCCCGAGGCCUCAGAUCGGUGCAGCUCCACAGGUUCCAGUCGUCCCACAGAUUUCAUCAACUGUUUCAAACCUGGCGUCGAAGCUUCUACCACAGAGAAAUGGAGAUGACUCCUUCAAUGGAAAUCAGAAUUCUAAUUCCAGGAGCAGGGAUGAAAAUGUUCCUGUUGUUGCCUCCACAACUUUUGAGAAGUAUGGCUCACUGGCGGAUAAGUUCUUGGGGAAGCUGCAGAGGAAGUUUAUUGGUAGCCAAGGAACUGAUGAUAAUGAGACUAUAUUAGGAAAUGGAAUAGAUAAGACGUCCGGUGGUAGUGGAGCUAUUUCCACGGCUUCUAAUGCGAUUAGCUGCGCGACUUUCAGAGACAAUGGCAAUGGGAAGCCGAAACCGGCUGAGACUAGAUUCGCAGAUGUUUAUGGGAGUGGAGCUCGAGGUUUGAGUGAAGAGAAACAGAUAGUAUCACCUACUGGAGACCGGUUUCAGUUUAUUGGGAAUAUGAGUCAGAGAAAGCCACCUAAAAGGCCAGAGAGUGGUUUGGUUUCUGGCAGGGGAACGAGAAUGUCGGACUUGAAUGGCGAGAUAGAAGAUGCUUGGACGAAUCGGCCUAGUGGUGAUCCUUUUCCAAGUCUUGAAGUCAACGUCAGUAGGCAAAAAAGUCCAUCGAGGCAAGUGAAUAAUGGAUUAGUUACUGAUUCGUCAUGUGAGAUACGAUGGGAAGAUCUACAACUUGGGGAGGAAGUUGGACGAGGUUCAUUUGCUGCGGUUCAUCGAGGAGUCUGGAAUGGAUCAGAUGUUGCUAUUAAGGUCUACUUUGAGGGUGAUUACAAUGAGGUGACUUGGAUGGAGUGCAAAAAGGAGAUCGACAUAAUGAGGAAACUGAGACAUCCGAAUGUGCUUUUAUUUAUGGGAGCAGUAUGUUCUGAGAAAAAAUCUGCCAUAGUCAUGGAGUAUCUGCCAAGAGGGAGUCUCUUCAAAAUACUUCAUAGUUCGAAUCAGCCAUUGGACAAGAAACGUCGUUUAAGGAUGGCCCUUGAUGUUGCUAGGGGAAUGAAUUACUUACACCGUAGAACCCCGCCGAUUGUACAUAGAGACUUGAAAUCAUCCAAUCUCCUGGUCGACCGAAACUGGAAUGUCAAGGUUGGAGACUUUGGGUUGUCAAAGUGGAAGAACGCAACCUUCUUAAGCACUAGGUCCGGGAAAGGAACACCGCAAUGGAUGGCACCUGAAGUUCUCAGGAGUGAACCUUCGAAUGAGAAGUGUGACGUGUUCAGCUUUGGAGUCAUCUUAUGGGAGCUAAUGACUACUUUAAUACCAUGGGACCGUCUAAACUCUAUUCAGGUGGUUGGAGUUGUUGGAUUCAUGGACCGACGUUUAGACUUACCUGAAGGAUUAAACUCCCGAAUCGCAUCAAUAAUACAAGAUUGCUGGCAAACUGAUCCAGCAAAACGACCGUCGUUUGAGGAGAUAAUUAGUCGGAUGAUUAGCCUGUUCCGCAAAGCGGGGUCGGCUGCACAAGAAGACGAGGACUGA